UUAAAAUUAGUUUUACAACGAAAAAUGACAACAAUACGAAACUCAAGCACACAAAUUACACAUUCUUGGCAAUAUGCAAUCAAAAACUUGUAAAAUUAAGUCAAAAUUUUCGUUUUGGUUACUUGUGGUAUCUUGUAGCCAACUUCGUGUCACUGGAACCAACAUGGAGCCGGUGUAAACAAAAUAUUUUUGCAACAAUUUCAAAUAAUUCAGAAAUGAAAUAAAAUACGAAUAAAUCAAGUAAUGGCCGAGCCUGAAGAAAAUCAAGCCGAACUAGAGGUCCCUGAGGAUCUUUUCCGGGACGUAAAGUUUUACGUUAGUGGAGAAAUCUCUGAAAAGGUGGUGGAUUUGUUAAAACGUGGGGGUGCCGAACGUUUGAAUUAUUUUUACGAUUAUGUCACACAUUUAAUUUGUGGUGAUAGUCCCGAAGAAACUGAUUUAACUGACGCCAAUGAUUUAUAUGAAAUUCCGGCGGUUACUUCCAAGUGGAUUUUUAUGUGCGUCCGAUUGAAAAAGUUAGUCAACACAAAACCGUACUCUUAUAAUUUACAAAAGUUAUUUUCGAAUUUGAUUUUUUGCCUAUCGAAGAUUGGAAGUGAUAGAGAGACACUUUGGGCCAUUAUAACCUAUCAUGGGGGCCUAGUCCAACUAAAUUUGAAUAACAGAUGCACCCAUCUAGUUACAGUUGACACAAAUUCACCAAAAUUUGACAAAGCUACCAACUUAGGGCCGGAAAAGAUUACUAUAAUAACGCCUGAUUGGAUUAUUGAAUCAGUCAAAAAUAAUUCACUUGCACAGUCGGAUUUGUUUCAUCCAAAGUUAAUUCAAUGGCCCAAAGUGGUCAAGCAUGAAAGUACAAUAGCUAUUACAGGUUUUGAACCUGAAAAAGUUGAACCGGUUGAUAAGCCAAAUGAUAGUAUGGUCACUGAUUCAACCCAGGCUUUAUUAGACAAAUUAAAACAAAGAAUGCCUUGGAUUCAACCUCAAACAACCACAACUGCCGACAUCGUACCACCAAAUGUUGUUGCGCCAAGUUUUCUCAACAAAAAUCAACAAAAUCAACGGUCGUUUCCACCUCAACAACAACAACAGCAAUCGCCACAACCUGUCAUUCAAACGAAUCAACAAAUCCCUCGAAGUAUCGUCCAUCAUACACCUCAACCUCAACAAUUGAUACAACAACCACAACAGCAGCAACAACAACAACAGUUUAAUGUUCCAAAUCAGGUUCAUUUGAACCGACUAAUUGGCCAACAACAAGCCCGCCCAACUCUUCAACAGUUGCGAGGUCAAUUAGGUCCGAAUCAACUACAUCAACAUUUGUUACAACAGAGGAUAGCUCAACAAAAUCAACAAAAUGCGCCGCGUCCUCUUACUAUUCAACAGCAACAGUUGUUGCAACAGCAGUUGGCCCAAAGACAGUUGUUACAAAAUCAACAACAACAGCAACCUCAAACGCAAUUUGGAAAUGUUAUUCAACAACAACAACAUAUUCUACAACAGCAACAACAAAAAAUAUUUGUUUCGCAAAAUCAACAACAGAUUGUACAAAAUCAACCAAAUUUGGCCGUACAACAACAACAAUUUAAUCAAAAUCAACAACAACAGUUCAAUCAACAAUUUGUACAAAAUCAACCUGAUUUAAAUCAGCAACAGACUCAACAACAGAAUUUAUUGAAUCAACAGCAACAGACACCACAAACUUUGUUAAGUCAACAACCACAAGCUCAACAACAAAAUUUGUUGACCCAACAACAACAACAAGUACAACAACAGAAUUUGUUGGUUCAACAGACGCAACAACCAAAUGUGUUGAACCAACAACAAUUUCAACCAAAUACUAUCGUUAAUCAACAAUUAUUGUUGAAUCAACAGCAGGGUCAAUUCAAUCAACAACAACCAGCACAACCUCAACAACAAAGGCCGCAAAUAAAUCAACAUUUAUGGCAACAGCAGCAACAACAGCAACAAAUGACGAUCAGGCAUCCUGUUAAUGUUGUUCAAGGUCCUCGAAUCCAGUGGUCUCCGACCCAACAACCGAAUCAACCUCAACGUCAAUUCAUCCAUUUAGACGCCCAAACUCACAAUGAGUUACAAAAAAUGAAUCCCGAACAGCAGGCCAUGUUCGUUCAAAGAUUAAAACAAAAACAACUUUUGAUGCAGAAACAAUUAACACAAAGAGCUGGUGGGGGGCACAUUUUGAUUCGAGGAUCUGUACCUCCAGGUCUCAACCCCCAACAGCAAAUGCAGUGGUUACAAAGGCAAGCUAAACAACAAGGUGUUGUACUUCAACAACAAACCAUAACUCAACCGAAUAUUCAACACACGCCGGGACUAAGUCCGAUUCAACAGCAACAACAACAGCAACAACAACCUCAAUUCGACCAAAAUCAACAACAGCAAUUACAAUUGAGACAAUAUCGGUUGCAACAACUUCAACUACAGCGCGAACAAGCACAGAAAAAUCAAAUCGCCGCUGUACAACAACCGAUUCAAGGAGUUGUCCGACCUCUUGGACCGGUAAUUCCCGAUUCGACAACGAAUCCUCCCGAAGCCAAUUCUCAACAGUUGGUUGUUAAUGCGAAAACCAAGACAGCGUUGGCGAAUAUGUUGAGCAAUCGGUUGCAGAGUGGAGGAGGGACGGUUCCAGUUCCAGAGGCAAUCCCCGAACCAUCAGCGGCAGGAACGCUAAGGUUGAUGACGGCUCAACAUAACGCCGCUCUCAAUCCGAAUAAUCGACCACAGGAUUUAAUAGCGUUGCAACAACAAAGGAGGGUUAUUAAUGGCCCCAAUGGUGAGAUUAUAAGGGCACUGGUGCCCCAACCUGGACCUGUUAUCGCACAGACUGAGCCUCCGAAGGUGCAGUUUUCCCCUAGAGCGGCGGUACCCAUGCAGCACAGGCCGGGGCCCUUCUACGGCCAUAACCCCAACCUAAAACUGCCCCCUGAUUUGUUUCUCCUGGGGUGCAUUUUCGUCGUUGUUGAAAUUGAGCGUUAUUUAGACGAAUCGUUGCCCGGUUGGAAACAAAAAAUUGAAAAACAUGGAGGCGAGGUGGAAAAGCAGUACUGCAAUCGCGUGACGCACGUCCUAUGCGAGACGCAACGUCACGGAGUGGUGAUGCAAGCCUUAAGAGAUUGUAAACGUUGCAUAACAAUAUAUUGGUUGAGUGACGUAAUGAAACGUAAACAAGUGCUGCCACCUUGGACCGCUUUACAUUUACCAACUAUCUAUCUAGAUACGACUCCUGCCGCUAAACAUUUGAUAACCUUGAGCGGAUUUACAGGAUGUGACCGAAAUCGUGUCAAACAUAUGAUUAAUUAUACAGGUGCUAAGUUUACGUCAUAUUUUUCGAAACAUAAUACGUUACUUAUUGCGGCUAAAGGAGAGGGUGCUAAAUACAAUCAUGCGAAGAAAUGGGGGAUUCCUGUGGUGAAUGUUCAAUGGUUGACUGAUAUUAUGUUGGGUAAUUUUACGGCAUUGAAUCAAAUGGAAAAUAUAAUGUACCAACAGUUUCCAUCGCCGCCUAAUUUUAGUUUUGAUCCGAAAUUAGUACCGAAUUUGAUGCAUGCAUGGAAAAUGCCGAUAAAUAUAUCACAAGAGUCAUACGAACGUGUCAAAAGAAGUUCAUCGCCGGUUUUAAUGCCAAAAAACGCGAAAAAAAUGAAAACUGAACAAACAGAUGAAAAUGACAACGUCGAUGAAGGUGUUGAAGUUAAUGCAAAUUACAGGAUUUUGUUUUCCAUGUCUUCCGAAAUUGCGAAUUUGCAAAAGAUUGUCAAGCAACUAGGUGGCAUUGUUGCCAAAUCUCAUCAAGACUGUACUCAUCUAGUAAUGCCAACUCUGACCCGUACGAAUAAACUCCUCUUCUGUAUUUGUCGUGAGGUGUUUAUAAUGCCCGAGCAGUGGCUCAAAGACUCACAAGCGGCUCGGAAAUUUCUCGACGAGGCUAAUUACAGCCUAGACACCAAAGAAUUCAAUAGUGAAUAUAAAUGUGACUUUACUCAAACAUUGAACACUAAAAAUCGCAGUAAACUAUUCGAAGGGAAAUUCUUCUGGAUAACUCCGAGUGUUUUUCCGAGUAAAAGUAUUCUCGUUGAAUUAGUACAGAGUUGCGGGGGGGUCGUUGAAAAAAUACGAAGAACUUCGGCACAAAUCGAAGCGACUAACAUCAAUUCGCCCUACAGUUAUAUCAUAAUAACGCACGAGAAUGAUAUUCAUUUAGUUGCGGAUUUGUUAAGAAAUAAGAAAGAUAAGGUGAGGAUUGUUUGCAGUGCCGAAUUGAUUUUCAGUGCCAUUUUGAAACAAACUUUUGAAGUUGAACCGUUUGCAGUCAAAGUUUUAUGAAAUUAAUAUAUAAAUAAUGCGGUGUUGAUAUUCAUAGGACCAAAACAAUGUUUCUCAAUUAUUUAAGGUUUAAAGUUUUUGUUGGUUUAAUUUGUUGAUUUUAAGCACCCUGGUUAUAUAAAUUGACGUUUGUGUAAAAGUAACAGACUUAAAUUUGUGAUUUUUUUUCUUAUUGUAUCAGAUUUUGUAAAAUUUCUAAGAUAAUAAAAGUUAAAUUAUG